GUUAUAGAGAGCUGUGUCUAGGCAGAGGGUACUCAGGAACCACUCUGGCACCAUUAACCCCAAAGAAGUUAGCAUCCCAUGUCUAGGCCUGGGUACCAGAGACACAGGACAUCUUUGCAACUACCAGGGUGAUCCAAAAUGGAGAAAGACAGGCCCCCACAGUUGAUGACCCCUGCUUCAGUGAAAGCCAUCAUCUCAAGGAUUGAGGCUGCCCAGCUAACACGGGCUCAGGAGGAUAUUUCUUCCCAGCUCUCUGACAUCUUGGACAAUGUCAACUGUGUCAUCAACCGCUUCCAGGAAGAACUAGGGUAUGAUUUAAAAGAAAAGGCAAAAUCUGACCGGACAGAGCGAAAGGGCAAGAACAGAUUCAUCUUGCUGGAGAAAAUUGCCUCCUUCUCGGAAGAUGCUAAAACCAAAGAGAAGCACUUGUACGAAAUUCUCCACUGGCUGGGUGACUGGGGUGACAGUCUCACCUAUGAGCUCAGGAACAGGAAGGGUAAGGAGGAAGAGAAAGCUCUGGAUGAAUGGAUUGAGGUGAUGGAGAAGGUGUUACCUCUGUCCCUCAUUGCCACCAAAGGAGGCAUCGAGUCUCUCAUUUCCCUCUGCUCUACUCUCAUUGAAAGACAAAAGAAAGGGACACAAAUAUCCAAACACACCUUCUGGCGGGGCUGGUGGGAACAAAGCCCCCCCAGAUCUGCAUCCUACCCUCAGCCACUGAGCCCAGAGCAGAUGCUCCAGGACAAGCAUACUACAUGCAUGAAGGUCUCUGAGGUGAUGUCCAUGCUGCAGGAGCUCCUGGACUCCACCAUGUUCAACCAGGGGGAGAUCAGAGCCAUCCGGUACAUGUCUGCUGUGGUGGAGAACCUCAACAAGGCCUUGACCCUCCAGCACAAAGAGAACAGUAACCUAGAGACCAAAUACAGGAACCUGGAAAUAGAGAUGACCAAAGAACUCAGCAGCCAGAGGCUCUACUUCCAGAAUUCCCUCCAAGUUCUACAGAGCAAGAGGGAUGCCCUACUAAAGCAGGUGGAAAUUCUAGGGGGAAAAUACCAUGACCUUCUCCUGAUAAAGCAUGCCUUAGAGUUCCAGCUGAAGAAGGCUCAGUCUGCUAGAGAUCAAGCAGAAGAACCAGCCAAGAUCUUGAUCGACCUCCUGGGCCCCACUGAGAAAGAGACCCUCUCAAAGAAAGAAAGAGUCAUGGAGAAAACCCAGCAGGAAAGGUUGCUUAUGUCACUGCCCCCAGGUUUCAUGACCGAAGCCUGGGACAGUGGUACUAGGCCUUCAACGUCUCAGGCACUUUCCACCAUGACCACACAUGCAAGGAUUGCCGAUGUGUACAGCAGCAAGGACACUGAGUGUCUCCAGCCCAUCUUGCUAUCCCCAGCAGAUAACAAGUUUCCUAAGAAAUGGGAAGGACUAGCAGCAGAGAGUCCAGGCCACCAAGUCAAAGACCAGAAGGAUUUCCAGAAAGCAGUCCAAGAGAAGGAAGGACUCCAAAUUAAGUACCGUGUUAGGAUGCAGCUGUCCCCGGAGAGCUCUAAGAAGGUGGCCUUGGAGAGCAAGGUGGAGCACUGGGAAGAAGAACUCAGCUGGGAGAAGCAGAGGCAGCAGUGGCUGGAGGAGGAGGCGAUGUGGCUGCAGCGGCAGAAGAAAUGGGCCCUGCUGGAGCAGGAGCAUCAGGAAAAACUGCAGCAGUGGGAGAUGGAGGCGGCGGCGAGGGAGCAGCAGCAGAGCUUGGGCCAGCAGGAGAAGGAGCACGGGGGCCCACGGAGAGACCUGGAGCGGUCGGGCGAGGACGUGGAGAGGAUGAUCUUCACGACCACCAGGCGGUGGAAAGACCUGGAGAAGACAUCCCUGGCACCUCCCCCAAGCCGGGCCCAGUCUGCUCACCAAGGCAGGAGGCCACGCCAGCCUAGGUCCCCUAGUACCCCGCAGCCUGCCCCCAGACACCAGAGGAACCUGCGUUCCGCCAAGUCUACCCAGAAACCAUGGGCCUCCCAGGUUCCCAUGAAGCCCAAGAAAUCAGCCUCUUUCCCUGUCGCAGGGACUUCCAUCCAAAAGGUGUCCCGGCCUCCGCUGCAUAUCUCCCCGGCAGCUUUUAAGGGCAAAGUAUACCACAUGGAUGCAGAGGCCCAGAGGAAGAACCUGCAGCUCCUGAGCAAGGAGGCUGAGCCGGGGCUGCCGCACUCACUGCGCAGCAAGGCGCUGGAGCUCACCACCACCACCAUGGAGCUCGGCACACUCCGGCUGCAGUGCCUGUGCCACAGGUACAUCCUCUACAGGCGCUUCCAGAGCCUCCGACAGGAAGUCACUGACCACAUACAAGUCAUGCGGGAAACUGGGACUGCCUACAAGGCCCAGAACCUCUACGUCUUCCUGGAUAACAUCGACCACCUGCAGAACCUCUGGCUGCAGGCCUGGGCAGACAAGCAGAAGGACCUGGAGGAGAAGCGCCGAGAGUGUCUGAGCAGCAUGGCGACCAUGUUCCCCAAGCUCCAGCUGGAGUGGAACAUCCAUCUGCACACUCCUGUGAUCACCAACCCAAAGUCCAGGAAAAACAAGCCACCCCCAUCCUUUCUCCGGCGCAUCCACUCCUGUGGCCCCUUCAGCAGGCAGUCCCCAGAGCGCUUCACGCCCAAGCCCUGGGAAUGUGCUCCCCUGCGCCGGGCCCGCCAGCAGGAGAACCAGAUGGAGGCCAUCUGGAGAACUGAUGUGGCCUCCUUCAGUCACCCAAUAGAAAAGAGGACUCCCCCCAGACUGACCUGGGACCAGUUUGGAGGGUGCCCUGACAUUCCCCGGCUGUUGGCCUUGGAUGUGCCUUCCUAUCGAAGAAGCUUACAGUCCCUCAAGACCUGGCUCUUGGCACUGGGCUUAAGGUGCCUAGUGGCUACACCUGGUCUGGUGAUGGUGAACUUGGGACUUUCUGGACAUCCUCUAGCAAGCACUCUGGCAAGCGAGCAGAAUGUCUGCCAGAUUCUUCUGCUUUGUCGACGGUCCAUCUCCUUGAAGGCAAAGAAGCUGUGGAUUGUCCAAGCUGGAAAGCCAAGAGAGCAAACUUGAUGUAUGUGGUCAAAUAAGAUAUCACCUCCACCUCCCAAAAAAACCUCCAAGAAGCCUGAGGCAUGGAAAGGAAUACUUCUUGGCAUAUUUCUUCAAGCCAGAUUUAGGGAUUGGCCAUAGAUCUGCUUGUGAGGCCCAUGGCCUUGGGGCUUCCAAAAUGACAAGCCAAUACUAAUGUGGAGAAGGGGACAUGAGGAAAGGGCCUGCUUUAAGCCCUAAGCACGACCUACAAGGAAGUACUGGUAAAGUGGAGAGGACAAAAAUCUUUUGAAGACAACCCAGCCAAGAGCCAGGGAGCAGAAAGCCGUGUCGGGUCUUGUCUUCCAAGGACUGGGGAGGCCAACUUGGAAAGUCAGAAAAAGGAUGAACAUGACUGCAUGAUUGGAAGAGUUAGCUUCUAAAAAAAAUAAAAAUAAAAAAAAAAUACAAAAGAGCAUGGCUAACAUAUAACUAUCAAUUGGUGACUUUGAAAUAGCUAUAUUUACUAUAAACAGUCUAGUGGAAAUGGUGGACAACAUGCUUAACAGGUGGGGAAUUUGAGCAAAGAGUAGGAAAUUAUAAACAAAUGGAAAAAUGGAAAUGCUAGAAGUGAAAACAUUAAUAGCAGAAAUGAAGAAUUCCUUCAACAGAGUUAUCCAACAGGAUAAAAGCAGAGGGGAAAAAAAUCUGUGAACGGAGCUAGAUCAACAAAAAUGAACCAGACUGUCUCCCAAAAAGUAGAAGCAAACAAACAAUUGAGCAAACCCAAAACUAAGCACCAAGACGUAUGGUACAAUGACAACUGGUCUAACCCGUAUGUAAUGGAAAUCCCAGGGGAGACAGAAUGGGGUAGAAGAAAUACUUGAAGAGAUGAUCACUCAGAAUCCCAAAUUAACGAAACACAACAAACCACAGAUCCAAGAAGCCCAGAGAACCCCAAACAGGAUAAAUGGAAAGAAAAACACAAUAGCAUAUCACAGUCAAACCGUUGACACAGAAAAUUAGGGAACAUCUUGAAAAUAGCCAAAAAAGAAAAGAAAAGAAAAUAGCCAGAAAGAUGCAGCGCCAGGAUGCUUCAGUCGGUUGAGUUUCUGACUCUUCAUUUUGGCUCAGGUCGUGAUCUCGGGGUCAUGAGAUAUCCAGUCCGUUGUCUGGCUCUGUGCUCAGUGGAAGGUCUGCUUAUGAUUCUCUCCCUCUGCCCCCCCACCCCACUUGGAUAUUCUCUAGGAAGGAA